CGCCGCUGAGCCGCCGCUCGGCGCGUUUUGCAUGAAGAUGGCGGCUCCCACCGCCAGCAAGGCAGCCUCCCUGGGCUGCAACAACAAGCCUGCCUUCCCGGAGCUGGAUUUCAGGUCUGGAGCUCGGGUGGAGGAACUGAACAAACUCAUCCAGGAAUUCACCCGGCACGAUCAGCGGGAAUAUGACGACCAGAGAGCGCUGGAGAUCCACACUGCCAAGGAUUUCAUCUUUUCCAUGCUGGGAAUGGUGCAAAAGCUAGAUCAAAAACUCCCCGUGGCUAACGAAUAUCUGUUGCUCUCUGGAGGAGUCCGAGAAGGUGUGGUAGACUUGGACCUAGAUGAGUUAAAUGUCUACGCCCGGGGUACUGACUACGACAUGGACUUCACCCUUCUGGUGCCGGCUCUUAAGCUACAUGACCGUAACCAGCCUGUGACACUCGAUAUGCGCCACUCAGCCCUGUGCCACUCCUGGCUGAGCCUCCGGCUCUUUGACGAGGGGACAAUCAGUAAAUGGAAAGAUUGCUGCACAAUCGCCGAUCACAUCAAUGGUGCCACCAACUACUUCUUCUCUCCCACCAAAGUGGCUGACUGGUUCUAUGACUCCAUCAGCAUCGUCCUCUCAGAGAUACAGAAGAAACCCCAGAGAGGGAUGCCGAAGGUGGAAAAGGUAGAGAAGAACGGGACCAUCAUCUCCAUCAUUCUGGGCGUGGGGAGCAGCCGCAUGUUGUACGAUAUCGUCCCCGUGGUGUCCUUCAAAGGCUGGCCCGCGGUGGCUCAGAGCUGGCUCAUGGAGAACCACUUUUGGGAUGGGAAGAUCACAGAGGAAGAGGUCAUCAGUGGAUUCUACUUGGUGCCAGCUUGCUCCUACAAGGGCAAGAAGGACAAUGAGUGGCGACUGUCCUUUGCCAGGAGCGAGGUGCAGCUGAAGAAGUGCAUCUCAGGCAGUCUCAUGCAGGCCUACCAAGCCUGCAAAGCCAUCAUCAUCAAACUCCUGUCGAGGCCCAAGGCUAUCAGCCCCUACCACCUUCGGAGCAUGAUGCUCUGGGCCUGUGACCGACUCCCUGCCAGCUACUUGGCUCAAGAAGACUAUGCAGCCCACUUUUUGCUGGGCCUCAUUGAUGACCUGCAGCACUGUCUGGUCAACAAGAUGUGCCCUAAUUAUUUCAUCCCCCAGUGCAAUAUGCUGGAGCACCUGUCGGAGGAGACCGUCAUGCUCCACGCCCGGAAGCUCUCCUCAGUUCGCUCAGAUCCCGCAGAGCACCUGCGCACCGCCAUCGAGCAUGUGAAGGCAGCCAAUCGGCUGACACUGAAGCUACAGCGUCGGGGCAGCACCACCAGCAUCCCCUCCCCGCAGUCGGAUGGAGGGGACCCCAAUCAGCCUGAUGACCGUCUGGCAAAAAAACUGCAGCAGCUAGUAACUGAGAAUCCAGGGAAGUCCAUCUCGGUCUUUAUUAACCCCGAUGACGUCACGAGGCCCCAUUUCAGAAUCGAUGAUAAAUUUUUCUGAGUGUUUUGUUGACUUUCUUUCCCCCUCCUUUCUUGGUUCUAAAUUUUAUGUUCCGUGUAGUGUGAAUUGUGACUGUCCUUCUGUUUUUACAUAUCCAGCUUCCAUUGGAUUUGGUAAGAACACAUCUUAAGUUUCCUGGUUAUGCAGGAUGGUGCAGGCUCUGAAACAGUAUUAUCACUAUUUCACAUUCUGCCUGAUUUCGCUGUUGUUUUUUAGUUAUUGUGGAUUUUUAUUUUUCUUGGUGUUGAUUUUUUUUUUUAAGGAGAACUUGAGCCAUAGAUGACACUGCCCCCGAAGCCUCUUGCUUGCUUUCUGUCCCACACCCAGUUUAGCUGUGUUGGUGGGUUUGGGGGAACACAUCCCAUCCUGGCAUAUUGGAACACACUCUCUUCGGCUUUUUAUUCUGUCUUUGACCUUCUUCUCCCGAGUUUGAACCGAGAGUCCUAAGAUCCAGCAGGCCCUGCACAUGCUGGCUGCAGUCACUUCUUUGCAGCAGUAGUCAGAACAGUUUCCCCUUUCUAGGAGAUGGAAGCUGAGAGAGAGAGAGAGAGAGAGAGAGAGAGAGAGAGAGAGAGAGAGAGAGAGAGAGAGAGAGACAUACAUACAUGCAUUGUGUUUCCGAGCAACCUCAUUGAAUGUAAUUGUCCUCAAAUCAGCAAACAUUGGAUGGUUUGGAGGGAGGGUUUGAUAGCUUUCCAAACAGAAUUAAGGUUUCCAAAUGUUAGUUUUAGAGUUUGUCAUUAUUUGAAGCCUUAUUUAAAUCCUAUUAAGGAGCACACCAUUCUAAUUGUUAUUUGCACUAAUGAAGUCUUUGCCAUUGUCAUAGCCGAGAUAUGUGUUUGAGCAUCCAUUGACAUCCCUCUGGAAAAGGCUGUCCUCGCUUCUCAUGUGGUCCGGUUCUCCCGGCCAUUAGAAUGAGUCUCUACAUUUGUCUAGUUCUCCUUUAAUUGUGGGUCCUGUUUUUGCCCUCUUUGAUAUCUCUGGUUUCUGCCUUAUUGAGGGGAAUUCCUAAAGCUUUAUACCUAUUCACUGACCAUCUGAAGCUGGGGGAGAAUACUUGAUAAAGUGGGUAUCUUUGUAUUUAUUUCUGUGGGGAGGGGAUUCUAGAGAUCCUCCUUUCCCUUUCCUUUUAUAAAUUCUCUUUACUUCUCCUGAGAUCUUGAGGGAAACUGACAGGCAGAAUUAUCCCCAGAUUGAUGAUAACCAUGCCUGUUCAAAGCAGGUGUCACUGUAGAGCAGGAACCAGGAAAUACCUAAGUAGCUCUGUUGGAAUUAGGGAGUCCUAUUAUCUGACAGAAACUAUUUGCCAGAUUUAGGUGCUUCAGGGCAUGUUGGCCCCUGUUUUGGUGUGAACUCGAGGCAAACCGUGGUGCUUGAGUCGUGGAUGGGGCCCGCUGACCUAGAUGACACCGACGAUGUCUCCUAAUGGAAGAGUCAACCAAGCAACGGUGGCUGUUUCGGUCUUGAAUGUCCAGACUCAUAGGUUGGAUUUGGGCCAGUUGGAAUCAGGCUCUUGGAGUUUUGCAUGGGAAUUAAUGUAAUGCUUAUAAAUCACUCAACAAUCUCAAGUCAAACACAAAAAUAAAAAAGAAACAUACUGGCCUUGGAA